GCUGCGGGGCUGCCUGCUGCGCGUCGGGCGCCGCGCUCCGUCCGCGCUGGGGACGCGCUGGAGCCGCCGCGGCCAGUUUGUGUGCAGUCCCUCAUUCCCUCUGCCCAAAUCUCUUCCUCUGAAGCAGUCACCAGUGUGUGGAGCCUGCCCCACACCCAUCACCUGCCAAACCACGGCCUUUACCUGCGUCUUCCGGUGUUUCCCGUGCGACCCGUCCUGCGGGAGCGCCUCCUGGGCCACCCCAGACUUCACGCAGCGCUCAGUGGCUCCAAUGGUGAAGAUGACAAGGUCCAAGACUUUCCAGGCAUAUCUGCCUUCGUGCCACAGGACCUACAGCUGCAUUCACUGCAGGGCUCAUCUUGCCAACCACGAUGAGCUCAUUUCCAAGUCCUUUCAAGGAAGCCAAGGACGAGCAUACCUCUUCAAUUCAGUAGUUAAUGUGGGUUGUGGCCCUGCAGAGGAGCGGGUGUUAUUAACAGGAUUACAUGCGGUUGCAGAUAUUUACUGUGAAAACUGCAAAACCACACUGGGUUGGAAAUAUGAACACGCUUUUGAAAGCAGCCAGAAGUAUAAAGAAGGCAAAUACAUCAUUGAACUAGCUCACAUGAUCAAGGAUAAUGGCUGGGAUUGAAUGGAAAGAGCCCAGCCCUACCAGCGUGUAAGAAAAUGCCAUCCAACCGAACAUUAUAUCCAAGAGUGAGAGAGUGACUGAACGCUUGGUUCCAUGCAUUUAGAGGCUCUGCAAUUUGGGAGCAUCUUCACACCCUUCUCCAUCUUUAUUGGUGACUGGCCUCUAAAUUUCUGUCUCUCUGUCUCUUUGCUUUGUAUCUGUUUGUGAGUUGACCCUGGCUGCUUCUCUCUCUGUCCUGGCGUUGGCUCAGAGAAUGCACCGAAUGCCCGACAGCCAUUCCAUGGUGACGAGUGUUUAAGUACAAACUGAAGCUCAGUGGUGGCAUCUUAACCAGAAGGUCUCGGUGCGGGAGGAAGACCCAAGUUUUGGGCAGGAGAAGGUGAUAGGGGGUGGGGAGUGGGCCCGAAGGGAAGUCAUCAGAAGUUGAAACUGUACUUCUCCUCUAAGUCCUGGUUAACCAAGGCUUGAAACUAUCUACUUGUCUAAAUGGACAGAAAAAUACCUCAUGGCUGCGUUCUCUCCAAAUCGUAAAACCACUGCUCCAUUGGUGGAGCUUCAGGCUAAGCUGGCUGAGCACAAGUCGUAACCAGUUCCCCCUGCAAGCUAAUUGCAAAUCUGUGUGUUGUUUGCCAUUUAUGAACUUGUUGUCUGGGGGGAGGGAGGACCUGAAGGCUGGAGAGAUUCCCUGCCUCUCCUUUUUCUCGCUGUUUCAGGGUAGGUAGGCCAAACAUCCCAACAGAGCACAGCUGUGGGAGCAUCCUCACAGCUGGAGAAACCAAAUCCUGACUCUUGAGCCCUUUAGAGAGGAAGAGAAAUCUGCUUAAGGCACAGUGGGACUGGAGCUGCAGAAGAUAGGAUGGGGGGGAAAAAAGGCCUGUGAUAGGCAAGAAAGAGGAGAUUACAUAGAAGAGGAUGGGGACAAACUUAGUAACACAGGAUACCCCUUGAUUUCCCGGCCUCCACUGAGCAUCCUUGGGGGCCUUUUACCAAUCCUUCGUAAGUGUGAGUAGGAAAAUGCUGUUACAGAAUCUUUUUCUUGAAUCCCAGGCCCCAGCCAACAGCUCUGCCCUUGGAGCCUGGCAGAGGAAUGGUGUGAGAGUGGGGAGAGGAGGGAGCCAAGGAGCCUGGUGUUUGUAGCAGUAUUGCACAGGUGGAUAUUUCAAGCUAUGAGGUAUCCUUCCCAAAACCUUUCCCCCCUUUUCCCACUCCCAGAAGCCUGUUGCAGGCACAGGGGGAAUGGGAAAGAAAAAAAAGAAACUAAACAUCUUCCCCCUAUCCCUGAAAUUGUCUAUGCCUUGGAGUUUAAAAGGGAGGGGUAGAUGUGAGCAUCAUAACUACAAGGGACAAGUCCUUCCCAUUUUAAUUUUUUCAUUUUAAUAAGUGUGGACCUUCCCGAGGGGGUUGGUGAGGAGGGGGCAUCAUGUGAGAGUGGAGCUGCAUUAGACAUAAAUGACAAUGUGAAGUUUGCUCUGCAACAGUCCAGCCAGUAUCUGGUGCAUAACUCAAGACUAUUUAACUUACUUAGUUUUAUCUCUCUGAGUGAAUUUUCUUUUUGUUUGUGGAAUUCUUUCAAGUAGGUUAAUCCACUGGGGGAAAUUCUUCUUAAUCCAGAAGGAAAGAGUAUUGUGCAGGGGAUUGUAACUCCUUAUGAAACUGAAGCUUUGGAGCUGUAAGCUGUUGCUGCUUGUCCCAUGAUGCUCUUGGUGAGCUGUGGGAAUCAGGACACGGUGCUGGUGGUGAGAAGGUAAUUAGCUGUUAAAUGAAGGGGAUGUGAGCAAAGUUGCUGCUUACAGGUCAGGGUGGACCUUAUGUGUUGGGUUCUUGUGCUGAAACCCAAACCUGAUGGCCCACCUAAGCACAGGCUGUCCUUUCUGUUCAACCACACUCUUCUUUACAACCCGGAAAGACAAGUAAGAUGGGAGUCUGGCCACAGGUCCUGCAGUGGGUGGAGCUGGCUCGGUUUGUGGCUGCCCUGUUGGGAGGUGGCCUCUGCCUUCGCCCUUUCUGCUGUGGCUGCCUAACAGUUAUUCAGCUUCUGUUUCUGAUCACCUCUGCUUCCAUCAUCCACAUUCCCUUCAGUGAUAAAAAUCUAGUAGAAAUAAAAAAUUCCACAGUCCCCACUGUCCUGUGACUUUGGCACUGACCUGGUCCCGUCUUCCUGUCCUUUGGUUGGUGAUCCAUGGCAAUUUAUUGGCUAGUGGGAAGCAAUCUAGGUUCUUUGAAGAGCUCUUCAGUCUCCCCAGAUGUGGAGCCUUUAAAGGGGCCUGAUGGGAGCUGGGAGAAGGAAGGGAUAACCCCAAAUCAUUAAUGUGAGAUUGAGAAAAAGAGCACACAGAGGCUCAUGGUUUGAUGUUGGUAUUUAGAGUGAUUGCCUAUAAAAAAGUGAUAUAAAAGGUCAGCCUGUCUAGAGGACUGCUCUGAGAAGCAAGAACAGUUACUACAGAGAGCUACCAGAUGUAAACGUUUUUAUCCAAGUAUUUGGGACAAGAAAGGACAAUGAUCCAUCAGGUGAGGCUGUUUUUAACUGUUCACAAGGGUUAUGCUUUUAAUGGCAACCAAUCUAAGCUUGACGACGACAAGAUCUUAAUCUAGUUUUAAUUGGUUUUGUCCCAUCAGCACCCACAGAUUCACACUUGCUGAGAAUCUGGCCCCGAGCCCUGAUAGGAAAAAAAUGUGUACCUAUGAACAUCCCCAACACCCAGAGAAUUAUCUAUAGAGUGACUUUAAUACACUGUACAGGGAGGUAAGGAAAAAAGGGCUUGUGAAGCUCAUUGGUGUUUGUUCUCUGCUGUGUGAACAUUAAAUAUGAAGUACUUCUUAGUCUGCUGCUAACUCAUCUGUGACUUGCUGUAUUGAGACAUGUGGCAGUAGUGGGAGCUGGUGACCAGACAGGAUGAUCAGAUCUGUCUGCUGGUGGCUACCACAAUUAGGACAAGCUAAAUUGAUGACUUGUAGAGUGAUAGAUUCAGAGCACAACCAAAGAACCUCACUGCAUCUGUCUGCUGGUUGAGCUGACUGGAGCCAGUCCCUUAGCAAAUGGAACGAAAAGGUGGGACUUCAUAGGCUGGACUUGAUGAUCUUAAAGGUCUUUUCCAGCCUUGGUGAUUCUGUGUGUGAUUCUGUGUGUGACUAUUGUUUGAAGCUGGAGAUGUGGCAGAGUGCUGAGUGCCCAUGGUGCUGCUCUCCAUGGGUGCCCUCCAAGAAAACACCAACAGCAGGGAGUUUUGCUUUGUCUCCGAUGUGGCAGCCUUGUCUCUGGCAAGCUGUGGGCACCCUUGAGUUUACAUCACCCCGUCUCCCCCAAAGCUCAGACCUGAGUAAGUUUUAAAUUGUUUUGUUCUGGUGGAUUAUCUGGUGUGGAAUCCUGAUCCCUGUAAUAAAUAUUCAGAUGAUAAUAUAUACAAAGCAGAAAAAAUACCUGUUAUCUUGUGAAAUAUACUUUUGUAAAUAAUAUUUAAUUUUUUUUAAAGAAUAAUAUAUUUGGUGCUGUUUUCUCAGAGCCCCUCCCUGAGAGCACUUUUUUUGUUGUUGAUAAAUGAUACUGUUUCCUUCUGUAUUUGUUGGAAAAUAUGUCGAAAGGGAAACAAAAAUCAUGAUAUACAUUGUCCUCUUAAGUCAAUCCAUUUUUCCUCUGGAUGUGGCAGGAGAAGGGGAGUCACUCCCACCUGGCAGAAUUGGUCUCUGACACAGGUGGUGGCUGAGUGGUCCAGGCAGGUCCUGACGUGUGGGACAGGAGGUGGCUCCAGGCAGUCAGGGAGUGCUCUGAUGUCUGGAAUUUCAUCAUGGAACACUUUCAUUUGGCACCAGAGGUCCCAUCUGGCCACCUGGGCCUCGUGUCGACUCACGCUCCCAGAGUGAGUCCCAAGAAAGCCAAUGGGGCUCCAUCUGGGAAUGGCUUUCCUGAGCAGAUCUGGUUUGUAGGAUCUGGGCCUGAAAUUUUCUCUUGCACCAGUAUUGGCUGGAGUGAAGUGGAUAUCCAGACUUAGAAAACAGGAUUGAACAUCAGCUGCAACCUCUGAUUGCUGUUUCCAGUUGCUUGGGCGCAGCAGGGAUGGAGGAUGGAGAUUUCUGACUAGUCCUUGUUUUUAAACUAAAACAUAAAUCUUUGGACAAGGAUCCUGGUUUUAUUUGUUUGGUUUUUUGUUUGUUUGUUUUGUUGGUUGGUUGUGUGUUGUUGUUUUUUUAAUCAGGCUGCUACAUAACAAAUUAGAGUAAAAGUUUACCUCUCUGGCAGUGAAGUUUUUUUUUCUUUUGUUUGUUUUCCUUUCUGUCUUUAACUUCCCCCCUUCACCCCCUCCUUCUUUUUUAAUUCAUUGGGUCUCUUAUUUAUCCCAAAGUGGACCAACAGCACAAACCACUGGACUGUGUUUUGCUGAGUAAGGAGCUGUUUUCAGUGCUGAUUAACUGUUGCAGGCUCUUUUAAUUCUCUGUUGUUGGUGCACAGGAUUUAAAAAUAUACAGGUAAAAAAACCCAAACCAACCCUACAAAUGAAAUCAGUUGUUCUUGUGAUGAUCAAGUGAGAAUUCUCUCUGUGUGCAUUUUUCUAACUGGUAUGUGAGAGUGUGUUAAUCAUGCGUUUCACUGCACUUCGGUGUUUUGGGAGGAGCAUCAUGUUCCCAUGUGAACCAGUUCUUGGAUGAAGAGGUGACACCCAGAACCCCGGGUGGGUAAAGAGAUGGGCAAGAACCAGAGCUCAGCUCAUUGCAAGGAGCCCUUCUCGCCCGGUGAGGGGCCUCAGAAAUUAAAUGCUCAGAAACAAUUACGUUAGGCAUAGAUUUUGCAGAAUCCUGUUUAAAAAGCAAAAGAGGGGAAACAAAAUCAUCUUGAAUUCAGAAAAAAAAAAAAAUCAACAUACUGAAAUGCAAGCAGAAUGGCAUUGUGUAAGGUACAACCACAAAGAAGCUAUUCUCAUAGUUAUGAACUGUAUGUAUCCUUUGUUUUGUUUUUCAUAAGGAAAUGGGAAUGCUUUCCCCACUGACACAACUAAAGGACAAUAUUUCCAAUACCAGCCUGUCUAUUGAUGCUCUUGUGUUUACAAAUUGUGUAUACUUUUAUUUCUUUGAUCUUAUUUUAAUAUUUUUUUUUUGCAUAUUCUUUCAGGUCAUUUGCUUCAGUAAUAAAUGCAAUUGUUUGUUUUCAAAUAAUUGGUUUUCACCUUUUCAUGUAUUUGUACAUUGUACAUAGUUCUUCAGUAUUAGAGGGAGGUGUAUUGUUUGUCAUAUUUACAAUAUGUGUUGGUGCUCAUUUGAGAAAAUAAAAUUUUCAAGUACUAAA